AUGAUCACAAAAGUGGUGUGCCAAUCAAAAGAAGGUGAUAAGAUAGCAAGUUUACCUGGCCAACCAAAUGCCAACUUCCUGCAAUAUUCAGGCUACAUUAAUGUCGACGAAAGCCAGGAAAGAUACCUUUUUUAUUACUUUGUGGAAGCAGAAACCGAGCCUAAUUCAAAGCCUCUUGUUCUCUGGUUAAACGGAGGGCCCGGCUGCUCGUCUCUUGGAGGUGGAGGAUUAACUGAAAAUGGUCCAUUUCAACCAAGUGGGAAUGUUUUGGUUAGAAAUAACUGCAGCUGGAAUAAAGUUGCAAAUAUGUUGUACUUGGAAUCACCAGCUGGAGUUGGAUUUUCGUAUUCUACUAAUGAAUCCUUCUACAAUUAUCUUAACGACGAAAUCACAGCUAGAGAUAACCUCAAGUUCUUAGAGAAAUGGAUCGAAAGAUUCCCGGAAUUUAUGAAUAGAGAACUUUACAUCACUGGAGAAAGUUAUGCAGGGCAUUAUGUUCCACAACUGGCCAGCCUCAUUAUUCAAACAAAAGCUAAUAAGUUCAACCUCAAAGGAAUUGCAAUAGGAAAUCCUCUUUUAAAUUUCAGUAGAGAUUACAACUCGAGGGCCGAGUUUUGGUGGUCUCACGGUCUGAUAUCCGAUUCCACAUAUAACCAAUUGACUUCCGUGUGCAAUUAUUCUCAAAUAGUAAGCCAGUAUUACGCUAACACAACAACACCUGAAUGCGAAAGGGUGUGGAAAUUGUAUUCAUCCGAGAUAAGUAAUUUUGUGGAUUACUAUGAUGUCAGUCUUGAUGUUUGUCCGUCGCCUGCUAUGUUGCAAGCUCAGGUUCUCGAUAAAUUGAAAUAUGAGUCGAAGAUAGAUGUAUGUGUAGAGGAUGAAGCGAAUGUGUACCUGAACAGAAAAGACGUGCAAAUGGCUCUUCAUGCUCGUCUUCGUGGAGUAAAUGAAUGGAGCAUGUGCAGCGAUGUUGUAGAAUAUUACGUGCCAGAUAUAGAAACACCGACCAUCGACAUUAUAGGAUCACUAGUCAAGUCCAACAUCCGAGCCUUAGUUUACAGUGGGGACCAAGAUUCUAUUAUCCCACUGAUGGGGACCCGAACGCUAGUUAACCAGUUGGCUAACCAGCUCGGUUUGAACACCACUCAACCGUACAGAGCUUGGUUGGAAUCAAAACAGGUUGCUGGCUGGACACAAUCCUACGGUGACUAUCUAUCGUAUGCGACCAUACGUGGGGCCUCACACAUGGCUCCAUUCUCGCAACCCGAGAGGUCUCUUCUUAUGUUCACCUCAUUUUUGGCAGGAAAAUCAUUGCCGGUUGUGAAUGAAUAA